AUGGAAUUUGAUGAAAAUACUAUAGUUCUAAGAAAUCGCACUCCACACCAUAAAACGAAGCCUCUAGAUGCGGUUCGUGAAUCUCUUUUAACUGAAUCAACGUCGGGAAUUGUGAAAGGCGAAGAUGAUACAACGAGUAUUGGUACGACAUUCUCCAGCCCCGAUGUAGAAAGUAGUAAUGAUUUCCUUUCUACAAAUGGUAACACAACAGAAGUGUGUUAUGAAAAUUGUAAGAUAACUAUAAAUAAUACGAUACAAGAAAAAGCUAACCACACCAAGAGCGUAAGUUAUGAUAAAGAACUCAAAGAGGAGCAGAAACUGAUAAAUACUGCACCGCCUAAAGCGACAAUUCCAGAUGGUGGAUGGGGAUGGGUUGUGGUCUUUUCAUCUUUUGUUAUCUCGGUGAUAGCCGACGGAAUAAGUUUUUCAUUUGGUUUAUUAUACAUGGAAUUUCUGGAUGAGUUUAAAGCAAGUAAGGCUACUACUGCUUGGAUUGGAAGCUUAUUCAUUGCAGUGCCGUUACUUGCUGGACCAGUGAUGAGUGCUCUUGUGGAUAGAUAUGGCUGUCGAAGUAUGACAAUAUUGGGGGGACUUAUUUCUACCCUUGGCUUUGUAUUGGCAUCUGUUUCAAACUCAAUAGAAUUGAUUAUGUUGACAUUCGGAGUUAUCGCUGGUUUAGGCCUCGGACUUGUUUAUGUUACUGCAGUAGUUUCUAUUGCUUACUGGUUUGAAAAGAAAAGAAAUCUCGCUGUUGGCUUGGGGGCGUGUGGAACAGGCGUUGGUACUUUUAUUUACGCACCGAUGACACAAUAUUUGAUUAAAGAAUUUGGAUGGAGAGGUACCAUCUUGAUUUUAGCUGGUACACUUCUAAAUUUGUGCGUUUGCGGUUGCGUUAUGAGAGAUCCAGAGUGGUGGAUAUUGGAACAAAGAAAGGAAAAAUCUGAAAAAGAGGAUUUGAAAUCUGUUAGAGAUGAUGCUAAAUCUAAAUAUUCUAGCUCUGCCUCUAUAGCCAAUUCUUUUACUUUUGACGAUGAAUUUACCCGUGGUAAAUACAUGAAGCGUUUAAUUUCUAAGGGAGUGCUAGCAGAGCAAGUUAUUCAAGAUGAAGUUGCGACAAUACGCCGUCGAGAGGUCAUGUUGUUCAUGAGAAAGAAGAAUAGUGAAAAGAAGACAAGUUCUCUUAUUGACUUGCCCUCUUAUUUGAUGAGAAUUAAUAAGAUACCUAAUCCAUUCACAAAUACGUGUAAGGAAUGUGACGACGCUAUGAAAUUCGUUUCAUCUACAAACAACAUUAAUGACGGUGAUCUUGAACCAAGUAAAAACUCGUCUAAAACCAUCCAACUAUAUAUUAACGAAACGAAACCUAAUGAAGGUGAAAUAAAGAAUGAAAAGCCUGAAUUCAAAAGGUCAAUGUCCGAAGCAAAAGAUUUACGACCAUUGCUAAAACAAGACAGUAAGGAAAACAAGAGGGAUUGGUUCAAAAAACAAUUGUCGAUAAACCAUCAUUAUCUAAGGGACUUGAAGAUGCCAUUAAACUCAAUAAGCCAUAGGAACGCGUUGUUGAAUAUAAAACGGUAUAAAUUGAAGGCGUCGUCCUGCCCUGAUAUAUUUAAGAACUCAAUGGUUACAGUCAAUGAGGAUGAAGAGAAAUGGUACGAUGACUGCGUCAGUGUUCUCGCCGAUAUGUUCAACGUAGACCUGUUCAAGAAAGUCACAUUCGACCUUUUAUGUAUUGGCACGAUUAUAAUUUUCGUAUGGUUUAUUGUACCAUACUUCUACCUCGCUGAGCAUAUGAUACACAAAGGUUAUGGGGAAGAUGAAGGAGCAGUCUUGUUGAGUCUCAUUGGAAUUACAAAUACAAUUGGGAUGGUGGGUCUUGGCUGGAUUGGAGACCUUCCAGGAGUGUCAAUUGGCAACCUGUAUGCCAUUUGUCUUGUAAUCUGUGGGGCCUCGGUCCUUGCCAUACCUCUGGUUAUUUACAACUAUUGGUUGCUGGCCUUUUUCUGUGGCCUUUUUGGACUGAUGUUCGCAGCGGCCUUUACUUUUGUACCUAGUCUUUUGGUAAAGUUGGUGUCUUUGGAUGACUUUACCUCAGCAUAUGGAUUGGUUUUGCUAGCGGAGGGGAUAGGACAUUUAAUUGGACCUCCAUUAUCUGGACUGAUCUACGAUUUGACGUUUUCCUGGGAGCUGUCAUUCUAUCUUGCUGGAGGUUGGAUUAUUGUAGCUGGUAUCUUAACAUCUUUCAUACAGCCUAUUCGGUCUUACCAGCAACGUAGGCAGGCUGAAAGAGAAAACAAUAUUAUGUAA